CUCUGUCUUUCUGUCAGUCGGUCGGUUUUUAACUUUCAGAACUCAUCAUGCUCCUGCAUCUGUCUCUAUUCUGUCUCUUUCUCCAGGAGCUUCUCUCUCUAACAGGAGCGUCUGAGAGCGGCAUCCUGGGAGGGGAGACAGCCAAACCUCACUCCCGGCCCUACAUGGCCUCACUGCAGGUCCGUGGUGCUCACAAAUGUGGGGGUUUCCUCAUUCGGAAGGACUUCAUCCUGACUGCAGCACACUGUACAAAAGACUUCAGAUCACUCACUGUUGUGCUUGGAAAUAACAACAUUAAGAAAAAAAAGUGGCUCAGGCAGAAAAGUGGAAUAAAAGUAAAAUGGUGCUGCAGCCAUCCAAAUAAUUCAAAAAAUCAAUAUGACUUUGAUAUUGCGCUCUGCAAGCUUGUGAAAAGUGUUACUCUGAAUAAAAAAGUGAAUGUCAUAGAGCUGCCAAAGCAAGGAGAGAUUGUCCAAGAUCCGACCAGGUGUCUGAUUCUUGGAUGGGGGAAGACUAAACCUAAUGGGGCUGCAGAGGACAACCUUCGAGAAGUCACUGUCCCCAUCCAGAGCAAUGGAGAAUGCAAAAAAACCUGGCGUGAACACUUCAAUGAGAAAACAAUGCUGUGCACUAAGUUUGACGGUAAAAGGGGUUUUUGUCAGGGAGACUCAGGGGGGCCUCUUGUUUGUAACAAAAAGGCAUAUGGGAUAGCGUCAUUCACUGCAGACCCCUGUACUACGCCCCAUCCCAAUGUUUACGUCAAGAUUUCCAAUUUCAUUCCCUGGAUAACUAAAACGAUGAAGAAAAACUAGAAUGUGGGUAGUGACGAGCAAAGGUGGCAGGAAGUCUUUAUAGUUUAAGCUUUAAUUUCCUUUUAGGAUGCUAGUGUAGCGCUUUACACAUUUUUAAUGUUGCACUCAUUUAUUCAUAGUUCUUUUACAUUUUGCUUUUUGUUGUAACAUUUGAUCUGUGCUUUAGCUGAUAUUUUAUAAUAUACAAAGAUCCAUAGUGUGAGCUUGAAAUGCAUCCAGCCACAAUUACAUUAUUAUUAAUUAAAUAUUUCAUCUAAUCAUCCCCUUUAAAUACUUGGAAAAUGAUACUUCUCCCAAGCAUUAAGCUGUUAAAAUCCAUACCGACAGACAUCCCUAUGUUUACAGAUAUGAACCAAUGGAUAUAAACAAAUUAUGUAUAAUUUAUGCAGUUAUUGGAUGUCUGCACAUUGCCACCACAUGCUUGUCUGAACCAGUGUGGAUCUAUGGGUGGGUGGGGCCUGUGUGAGUUUCUUGCUGCUCGUGCAAGAUUUAAUCCAGACCCAUCCAUCAAUCACUUUCUGUAACCUCCAAUGGUCUGGAUGUUGCUUCUAAAGGCUCUACUGAAUGUGUCUGAGUUGUCAUCAUCAUCAUCAUCAUCAUCAUCAUCAUCAUCAUCAUCAUCAUCGUCAUCGUCAUCAUCCUUUUCUUGGCUGCAAUAUUUGUAACCUAGACCCAAUGGCAUAGAUUCUAGGCCAGGUUCUUCAGCUCCAGUCUUGGGGGGCCGAAGCCCUACACAUUGUUGUGUUCCUCCUGAUUUAACACACCUGAUUCAACUCCUUGUGCUAAAUACCACACAGCUCUUGAGUGGAAUCAUUUGUGGAGGAACAGGGAGAGAACUAAGCUACACAGGGCUCCGACCCCCCAUGUCUGGAGUGAAACCCCUGUUUCCAGGUCUUUUAUAUUUUCAGAGUAACAUUUCUGACUGGUAAUUUUUUUAUUUUGUUUUUGAAAUUUCAUUAUACACAUGCUUUUUGUUUUGCUGUUGUCUAUUGACGCUGGCAUGAACACAUUAAACAAUGCAUCGCCAAAAAAAUAAAAUAAAAAUCAUUCUUCUGACUGCCA